CCCGUUCAGUGGCUGACUCAAAAGCAAUAAUAAAAAAUCGUCGGUUCGUUGGUUUUUGUUAAAAUUCUGCGCAUAGACACGGAGAGUAAAAGCGAUAUGAAUAAAAUAUACGAGUUACGUGCAACAAGUUAUGGAACCUCGACUAUGGUUCAAGAGAGCUAGGUUCUAAAACCGUGAAGAAUAAUUAAACGAUCGAGGCGGGAAAAAAGGAAGAAGAGUACAAACAAUAAUCAUAAAAGUUCGGUCCCGUCCGCGUUUCCGUUUCUAACGCACGAUAGGAGCUUGGAUUACACGGAGCCGUAUCAGCUGAUCGUUGUAAUAUCGUCGGUGAAAGCGCCCUUGGCCUUUUUAGUGCAUAGACCGUGGUCCCGGCUAUUGGUUUAUCCGUGCGUGCAGCAGCAACGCGCCGAUCGAAUUCCCGAUGCGUCGGUGUGAAUAAGAGAUGAAAAACCUGAUACGUAAAUAAAAUAAAGCAAAGUGUCGCCCUAAGAAGAGAAAAUAUACCGGUUGAUCGGUGUUUUCUUUCUGUUCUGCUACGUCCGUUAUUUGUUUAUUUAUUUAUUUACCUUUUUGUCUCAUUCUACUUUUCUGUCUUUUAAUAUUUUCUCCCCAAGUACUUCCCUGGUUUCUGGUCACCAUUGAAAUGCGAUAUAUGAUGCAGCUGCGUGCAGCUCUAGUUUGCCGACGUUAAGAGAGCGUAAAGCUGCGUCGAGUACUCUCAGGAACGGCUGGAGCUUGCAGUUUGGUGCAACGACCGAAGCCCAAACUAAUCGUGGAGUAUAGGGAUAAAUUUUUCUUUUUUUUUUUUCGCGGAGGUAAAAAAAACGCGGACAAGGAGAUGCUUGAAUUAUAAUUGAAAACUUAUAGCUCCGCAAGAUUGUACGAAUGAGGAAUUUCUCGGUAACGGUGAACGAGGCUUGUAAAACGAACCGCCUGUGAAAAAAUGAUAAGACAUUAUUCUCGUCUUUGACAUCGCGUACAGCCAAACUCGAAAGUUUUUGUCACCUCUGUUACUCUCCUUAACUUUCACUAAUAACGCGACGCGACUCGACAUAGACCGGCCGAGUCAAAUACUACGAACAUUAAAAGGCGUUCCACUUGUUUCCGUGGCCUGGUUUCGUGUCCUAAUUUUACACCGGACUGUACCGAACAAGUCUUACUCGUACGUACUUUGAUUUCAUGCGUGUGGUUUUUUAUCCCGGCCUGUUUACGCGUUAUACACGGUGUCCGAAGUGAACGUUAUCGGGACAAGUUUUAUUACCGUAAAAUUAUUUUCAACCAUUUCAUUACCGAAAAUCAUGACAAGAUUCGAGGAUUUCGUGAAAAUUUCAACGUUCUAUCAAACGCGAGACAAACAAUAUUCCCAGAUAAAUUGAAAAUGCGUCGAUGGAAUAUUGACUGAUCUGUGUUGAGUUGAAUUUAAAAAAAAAUUUACAACGAAAAAUGUCUUAAGCCAAAUGACCAAACGAGAUUCAAAUUUUUCGUUUGGAAAAAAAAUUAAACGUAACGGAAAAUUUUAAAAAUUGUAUUGUUUGUGAUUGAGUAAAAUAACAAUAACAGUGAAAAAAAAAAAAAAUUCAUUGAGAGUGCGAGAAAAAGUAAUAACAAUGAUCAAGGACUGAACGCAGAAGUGCAUUUAGUAAAUAAGCCCGGAAGAAUUACAAACGAAACAAUGAGUUUGCGGCUCACUCCCGGCUUUUUUAUUCUCCUAUCCUUGUCGUCUCAUGUCGCGAGUUACAGGAAUAACGACAAAUAUCUUUCGAUUUUCGAUUUGCCGGAAGGAGACAAGGGCUCAUCGAUAUCGUCGAACACGAUCGGAUCGUCGCCCAAUUCAAACGGGCAGAUGAGAUUCUUCGACGAGCUUGGACUGAUUCCGCAGACAUGCAAGUACAAGGGUACAAAAUUUGACUGCGGUUUGAGCAUAAGCUGCGUUUUGGGGGGCGGAAGACCCGUCGAUCUUUGCUCAGGCGGUCUGAUAUGGAGUUGCUGCGUCGACGACGACGACAUACCGGAAAAGGAUCCUCAGCCCAGCGUCGGCCUUUUGCAAAACGCCAGCUGCGGAGAAUUGUACACAAGGAGCAAUCGAAUCGUCGGUGGACACAGUUCGAGUUUUGGUAGCCACCCUUGGCAGGCGGCCAUAAUAAAGUCCGGUUUUUUGUCAAAAAAAUUAUCCUGCGGUGGAGCUUUGCUGAACAACAAAUGGGUCGUUACAGCUGCUCACUGCGUGGCGACUUCUCCGAAUAACAAUUUAAAAGUUCGUCUCGGCGAGUGGGACGUGAGAGAUACGGGCGAACGAUUGCUUCACGAAGAGUACAACAUAGAGAGAAAAGAGGUUCAUCCGCAGUACUCGCCAACCGAUUUUCGGAACGACGUUGCCCUGGUAAAACUCUCUAGAACCGUCACUUUCAAGCAACACAUUGUCCCGGUUUGCCUGCCGGCCAGAAAUCUCAAACUCGCUGGCAGAACCGCCACCGUUGCUGGUUGGGGGCGAACAAGACACGGUCAGAGCUCGGCGCCCACCGUUCUCCAGGAAGUCGACGUCGAGGUUAUUCCGAACGAGAGAUGCCAAAGGUGGUUCAGAGCCGCGGGAAGAAGAGAAACGAUCCAUGACGUAUUUUUGUGCGCCGGUUACAAGGAGGGAGGCCGGGACUCGUGUCAGGGAGACUCCGGAGGUCCUUUGACGAUGUCGGUUGAAGGACGACACGUUCUAAUCGGUCUUGUAUCGUGGGGAAUCGGAUGCGGAAGGGAGCAUUUGCCCGGCGUUUACACGAAUAUACAAAAAUUCGUCCCCUGGAUAGACAAAGUGAUGAGUUGAAGUGACCGGAUUUAUCGAGAAAAUCCAUUAUUCGACAAUUAAAUGUGAAACUGUGAACUCGAGUGACUGAUAUUAUACGCAAUUUUAUCCCGCGUGUGCGGAUGUUGAUGAGAAUUUUUUAUCCUUGGCAGUUUUUCGAAGAUUUAUAAUAUCAGAGGCUGACUGGAUCGUUAAUUUUUAAUCGUGUUAAUGACGACUGUACGCGAGGCACGAUUCGUCACAAAAAUACCGAUAUUCUAAUAUGACUUGCGUGAAGAGUAAAUAGUAUUAUUUUACAUGCAAAACUGUAUGCUUUUGACGUGUACGCAACUUUCAUCACAACCGUACAUGACGUUAAAUGAAUAAAUAAAUUAUUAUU